AUGUCGAUAGUUGAGUGGCAUAAUCGUCAAGAGCGUUACGAGUACAACAUAGAUGAAGCACUGACACAAUUCAUCGAUGGACCUCCUUUAAGGCACAAUGUGUAUCCUGAUAUACCGAAUGAAGGAAAUGCAGAGCAACAAGCAAGGAAGAGGCGAUAUGAUAUAAGGAUAAGAGAUGGGAAUUUGUUCAAAGGGCAACUAUUCAUCAGCGGUAUUGCGUUAAAGGAGGCUGUGCUCGAUUAUGCAUUGAAAACUGGCUUCAAUAUCGUGCAGAACAAGUAUGACAAAACCAAGCUGAGCUUCAAAUGUGGCGGUGAAGGAUGUUCAUGGGGCAUCUAUAGCUCAAUUUCUGGUAAGACUGGUACGUGGCAGGUUGUAACAUUUCCGUCCAAGCAUACAUCUGUUCCUAAUGGGAAAUGCAAGAUGAUGAAGGUCCCUGUGAUUGCUCGUUUGUUCUUGGACAAAAUAAGAGAAGAACCGGAGUACAUGCCUAUGAAGAUUGAAGAAAUGAUUAUGGAGAAAUGA